AUGCCAAUGGAAGAUGACUCGUUUGAGAACAACGAGUUGGUUGUGGACGAAGACCAGGUGAUGAACAUGAACAUGGACAUUGAUAUGGAUCACAGCAUCGACAACGAGGAGGAGUACGAGGGAGAAGACGAGGACGCGAAACGUGAAGAUGAAGGUGAGAGAGAAGAAGACGACGAUGACGGCCGAGAAGAAGACGAAGAUGGUAAAGGCGAAGGUGACGAUGACGAUGACGAUGACGAUGAUGAUGGUGAUGAUGAUGAUGAGGACGAAGAAGAAGAAGACGACGACGAUGAUGACGAAGUAGAUGAAGCCAAAUCUCAAAACAAGGCUCAAGAUCAGUCAUCACCAACUGUACAAGUUGCUGCAAAGGACGCAGAGAUGGACGAUGCAGACAUUAAGAUGGAAAAUGCAGACACUAAGAUAAAAACCAAGGAAGAAGAAGGUAGUGCUCAGCGCGACGAAGGUGAUACUCAGCGUGAUGAAGUUACGGUUAUUGGAGAAGCCGAUGUUGAUGUUGAUGUUGAUGCCGAGGUUGAAGCGGAUGAAGCCGAGAAGUUAAAACAAGAAGAGGAACAAAGACUAUCUAAAUUGAGUCAUCUUGAAAGAGUCAUACUAAAAGCUAAAGCAGCUACAGAGUUUGAUAUCGUUCCGUCGGUGGCUUUCCCCUAUAGUGGUCAAUGUCAUAGUAUAGCACUUUCAGAUGGUCCUCAAUGGAUAUUGACAGGUGGAGAAGACGGAUUCAUAAGAAAGUACGAUUUCAUUGCUUCUAUUCAAGGGAAAUCUCCAUUGACGGUUGCUCAGAAACAUAAUCUUGUUGACUCGGUCACCAAGGCCGGAGUCAUCUCUUCGUAUUGGGAAAAUGAACAACCCAUCACCAAGUCAGAGCUUCUUAAGAUGAACCCCAAGAUCAAAGCAUCCGAUUUCAAUACCGGGUCCAUAUCUUAUGAACCCAAAAUCAAUCCUGUUUAUUCCUUGGAUGUUGAACGUCAUGGAUAUUGGUGUAUCUCGGGGUUGUUACUGGGAGGAAUCUCUCUUUAUACCAUGAGAUACAAUGAAGGUCAAAUGCACCAUAUUUUCGCUCAAGAUUCAAAAGUUAAUCCUAAAGGUUCAGGUCAUACAGAUGCAGUUUCUGUAGUAACGUUGAAUCAAAGUCAAAAUGCUUUCUUGAGUGGUUCUUGGGAUAAAACCAUCCGGUUAUGGGACUUGAAUACUGGGAAAACUAAUACCAUCUAUAAAGGAAGUUCAGGGCAAAUCACAAAUGUUAAAUUCAGACCAGAUGGGUUGACAGAUUUGGAUAUCUCAUUACCCGGUGACGAUGACAAUGAAGAAGUCAAUGGAGAUGAAGAUGAUAUCGACUCUCUUUUUGGUGACAGUGAUAAAGACGAAGAUAAUAAUAAUAAAGAAGCCAAAGACCGAGAUAACGAUCCCAAAAGAGUCAAAGACACCUCCAAGACCACCUCAAAAACUUUAACCAAUGAAAACAUCUUUAUGACUUCUUCAAUUGAUGGUACUGUCAAUAUUUGGGAUGUUAGACAAGAAGAUCCAGUGAUAAAAUUUGGAAUUCCUGAAGGGGUACCUCCUUGGUGUAUGUCAGCCAUGUGGUCUAACAAUGGUGAUAAUGUUUAUGUGGGAAGAAGAAAUAGUACAAUCGAAGAGAUCAAUCUUCGAAUGCCUCAUGCUAGAAUCAAAAAUAAAGGUUCAUUGAUGGCUCCCAAUGUUGCCAAAACUCUUCAAUUUCCAAAGAUUAGUGGUCCUGUCAGUGCUAUGACUACCAUGCCCAACGAUAAUUUUAUCUUGUGUGGUUCAAUGGAUAAUAUAAGAUUGUAUAAUCUUGAGCUCUAUGGUGAUAAUGCCAACAAUACUCAUACUAAAAAGCAUGCCACACCAUUCUUAAUCAUCCCUGGCCAUCAAGGUGGUAUCUUGAGUAAUUUGAAGGUUGAUCCUAGUGGUAGAUUCUUGAUCAGUGCUAGUGGGAAUAGAGGUUGGGGCCAUGCUGCUUAUGCUGAAACCGUCUUAGUUUAUGAAAUAGAUUUCGAAAUGUAA